CCAUUGUCGGUCGCGCGGCCUGACAAUUCACACGGUCUACGGCGCGCCGAUUUCGAACUGGGUCGCGGCUAAUCGAAUCCGCCACUUUGUUUAUGUUCGAGUGCGUUCAGUUUCGGUUUUCGUUGUGUCCAAUAUCUGCGAGCUGAGCGUUCGCCCGUUGUUUAUUUAUUUAUACGUUAAUCUGGUGGUUUUUUUUUAUUAUUUUGGUGCAUGUGCGGGGUGGUUUUUGGCGAUUAACGAAGUUGUGCCGACUACGAUGACAACAUGUGCGACAAGGAUAAAGACAAUAUUUACAUAGAGGAUUGUGAGGACUUGCCGAGGAAACCGUUCAUAAGGGGUUCCGAUCCACGAGUGGCGACAUGUCGGGGCAAGCUGCAGAACCGCCGUUCCAAGCUCAACCAGGAGAUCAACAAGGAGCUGCGGCUCCGUGCCGGUGCCGAGAACCUUUUCAAAGCCACCACCAACCGAAAACUUAAGGAGACGGUCGCCCUCGAACUGAGCUUCGUCAACUCCAAUCUGCAGUUGCUCAAAGAACAGCUGGCCGAACUCAAUUCGUCUGUGGAGCUGUAUCAAAGUGACAGCACUGAUGCUGUGAUACCUAUGAUACCUUUGGGACUAAAGGAAACAAAAGAAAUCGAUUUCCGAGAACCUUUCAAGGAUUUCAUCCUGGAACAUUACAGUGAAGAUGCCAACGUGUACGAAGAUGCGAUCGCCGACUUCAUGGACACCAGGCAGGCGAUGAGAACACCCCUGAGGGAUAAUUCGGGCAUAGGUUUACUGUUUCGAUACUACAACCAAUUAUACUUCGUAGAAAGAAGGUUCUUCCCACCCGACAGGUCUCUGGGGAUCUACUUCGAGUGGUUCGAUUCAUUAACAGGUGUGCCAUCUUGUCAGAGGACUGUUGCCUUCGAAAAAGCCUGCGUUUUGUUCAACAUGGGGGCUGUCUAUACGCAAAUUGGUGCUAAGCAAGACCGGUCCACGACAAAAGGCCUGGAUGCUGCUGUGGAUAGUUUCCUUAGGGCAGCCGGUACUUUUCGGUACAUACACGAAAACUUUACCAACGCCCCUUCUAUGGACCUGGGACCUGAAAUGUUGGAGAUGCUCGUUCAACUCAUGCUGGCACAAGCUCGAGAAUGUCUGUUGGAAAAACUACAGUUACAGUCAGAAGACAACAGAUCACUAGACAUCUGCCUCGACUUGGCUCAGGAAGCAUCACAACUCGCCGACUGUUACAGUCAAGUGUAUCAGCUGAUAUCUCACGAGUCGGUUCAUGAUUACGUACCCUACAGUUGGAUAUCACUUAUCCAAGUGAAAAGAGAAUAUUAUACAGGCAUGGCACAUUUUCACUCGGCACAGGGCGUCCUCCACAAGGACGCGACAAAACCUUCGGCGAAUAAAACAAUGCAGUACGUAGAAGAUCUGACUUCCCAAUCCGAUUUGAGAUUACCCAAAGAUGAAGCAGAAAGAAGAAUUUUAGCCAAGGCUCAUUUAAGAGAAGCGCUGGUGCUGCACGAAGAGUGUCAAAGGUUACACCGCAUGUGCCGCGAAUUGAAGGGAAAGCACGCGCUGACUGCCGUGCUGAAGAAUGCUCACAAAACGGCGAUGCAAGUCUACUCGCCGCUGGACAAGGAGGACGACUUCACUGAAAUGUUGGAUGCGCCAUUAGUACAAGCUGCCACUAAGUUCCAGUUGUCUUUGACGCCACCGGACUUUGCACAAUACAGAGUAAACGAUUUGUUCAGAGGAUUGGGUCCUAUUGCAAUUUUCUCCGCCAAAAGACAUUGGACUGCACCUAGAUUAGUGCAACUGCACAGAGGCAGAACUUCAGAUGGAUUCGGUUUUUCGGUCAGAGGAGACGCACCCGUUAUUGUGGCCAUCGUCGAAUCCAACUCAUUGGCCGAAUUUGGAGGCGUUAAGGAAGGCGACUUCAUCGUAUCAAUUAGCGACAGAGACGUGAAGUGGUCAUCUCACGAUGAGGUGGUUACACUUAUAAAAAACGCCGGGGAUUCCUUAAGCCUAAAAAUUGUGACCCCUAUGGACAGAAAUUACUUAAAGCCGUCGAAGUCGAAUAACAGCAAGGGGUCGGUCUCUACGCAUAGCAGCAGUUCGGGAGUAUCAAGUGGCAUGUCUAGUCCUUCAGGAUCCAUGGCUCAACACAACAGCAACAAACGAUUGAAUUGGAACCCGUUCAAGAGGCACUCUUCGUCUAGAGAAGGAAAAGACUUUUUCGAGAACGUUAUCCUUAGAUAGAUCAUAAUACUAUCUAUAUAUUUAUCUACUUAAAUUAUUCUACUUUACCUGGUUCUGUUUUGGUAAUUUUAGUUUCUUCUAGUAUUUCUGGAGAUUUCCUCGUAUAGUAAAUGUUAUUCUAGAUAUACACUAUUCUUAAUUAUUGUGUAUUUGUUUUCAAGAAAUGAACGAUUCUCAAACUCAAUAUUUUCUACGCUAUUGGGUUUCGAGAUGCCCUUGGUUUAUUUUAAAUAACACAUUAACUGUUUUAUUUAAAGUAAAAUGACCUGUGUUUUCUACAAUCUUAACGCAUUAUAAAUGAGAAAUAUCCAUUUUCCAGUAACUAACAGUAAUAACGCUAAAUUGAUUGUAUAGUUAUUAUUUAUUAAGUUGCUAGUUUUGGACUUAUUUAGAUUAUAAGUCGAAGUACUGAAUAGUGUAUGAUAUUAUAGACGUUAUUUUUCUAUUAUAGGUAUUAACAACAAUAAUAGUCACGCUGUUAAUUAUUUAUGUUAUUAUUUUAUAUAUUUUAAUGUUAGCUUCUUUGAUUCGCGGAGAGUUUUUUCGUUGGAAAAUAUUUUAGUUGUGCUAAAAUAUUUGUAUAUGUUUGAUUGUUAUUUUGUUAUGUAUAGAUAUAUUUAUGUAAAUAAACAAUAAAUUAUAA